AUGGCUGAUCCAUACAGUAUCUUGGGCCUCACCGGCCCGGCUGAGCAAGUCGUCCGCCUCAUCGCAAGUCUCAUCGAACGACACAAAGCCUACAAGGAAAACAAAACGCUGUCUACGGAAGUGCUCACUGCCUACACUACCUUGCAGGCAGACAUCACGGAGCUUGAAAACAUGCCGAUCUAUGGAACGUCGUCGCAGCACACGCGCUUGCUCCAACGUGAAAUCGACGGCAUCUCUAGCUUCAUAUUGAAGUCCCUCGCUGAGCUGCAGAAAGAGUUGGACGACCCAAAAGCGAGACUCGGUGCGUUCGCCUCUGCAAUGGGAGAUAGAGAAGUCCUAGAGAAGCGAAAGCAAGAAGCGGACCGCCUUCACAAACGUAUUGUACAAGCAAGCACGGGCAUCGAUACUCGCACGGCCGUCGAGUCGAUCGGCAUCGAUACUCGCGCGACUCGCGCGGCCGUCGAGUCGAUCAGACGAGGCACGGGUAAUAUGUUCAGGGCGUCGAUAAGAGCCGAACAUAAUCCUGCGUCGAUAUGUGUGAAGCUUGAUUCUCGGGGGAGCGAUGGAUUACCAAACACGUGUGAGUCGCGUCUAAAAGCGGCUGUGCUACGGAGAGAUAGGAACAAGCAAGUGGGUGCGACAGCAGUGGGACAGGGCGGAGUCGGGAAGACAUGUGCUCUACGAGCGAUCGCGCACGAUGUUGAGAUUAUGGCAGAGUUCUCGGGAGGAGUGUACUUCAUGUCGUUGGGGAAAGAUGGAAACGUGGGACGGCUGAUUGAAGAACUGUGUCUGAUUGUGGAAGCGUCCGGUGGGAACCAGACGGCUGUGGAAAUGCGAGAGCAGAGCGAGUUUGAAAGGGUGUUAGCGAAGGUACAAGCGUGGUUUUGUAGUCAUGUGUGCCUGUUCAUCAUUGAUGAUGUGUGGGUGGUGAAUGAUAUAGACGCGAAUAUCCUUCAAAAGUUGUCUGUUCUGGCUGAGACUGCGGGGGGCAGCGGGGGAAGGAGGAGCAGACUACUGUACUCCACGAGGGAUAAGGAGCUGCGUCAGAUUGGGGAGCGGGUUGCUUUCGAGCCGAGGGAGAAGGUAGGGAAAGAAGCAGUUGAGAUGCUUGUGCACGCGAGUGAGGCAAAUGGAGAGGAAGUGGAUGAUGCGAGAUGCAAGGAAGCCGUGGGUGAAAUACUGAAAAUGUGUGGCGGAUUGCCGCUUGCGCUGAACGUGGCGGGAACGAGCGUGAGGUACAUGAGGGAAAGAUGGGAGGGAGAAGUAACAGAAGCAUGGGGGGCGUACCUUUCGAGGAUGAAGAGUCGUAACACGAUUCGCGGGGAGAGUCCGAAGGACGGAUAUUCGUCGUUGGAUGGGACAUUGCAUACGUCACUAGAUAUCCUGGAGUCGGAUGUGGGAAGGAGUGGGGAGACGGUUGAUGAGUUUUCGUUUCGAAAGAUGCACCGGAGUCUGUGCGUUAUGAAGAAGCAAGACCGGAUACCUUUGAGUUUGGUUGGAGAUUUGUGGGAGAUGGACGAGGAGCGGACGGAAAGGUGUGCAAAGGAGAUGGAAAGGGUUGGACUAGUAGAAGUGCAGUAUGAGAAGGAUUGUGGUGGGUUGCGGGUGCAUGAUCUGACGCACGAUUUCGCGGUGGAAGAAGCGAAGAAGAAGGAGGGUGUAGAAGAGUGGUAUAAGAAGAUGGCGGAUGUGUGCAGGGCAGGAGAAGGGUUGCUUGCGAUGAGUGAGGACCGAGACGGAGAGGGGAAGAGCGCACGGGAGGAGUAUGUUUUCGAGAAUAUAUAUCGUGUUUUGAAGCAGGGUGGGUGUGUAGAGGAGCUGAAGAGGCUAUUUUUGAGUGCGCGAUGGGUGAAGACAGUGAUACGGAGAGGCGGGGUUUGGCAAUACGAGGAAGCUGUGAAGGGAUUGAGUAGAGACUUGAAGGGGAAAAGAGGAAGCGGGAAGGUGGGAAUGGGACGGGGAGAUGAGGAUGCAGUGGAUGGAAUGGUUUUGAUGAUGCGGGCUGCGCGACUGAGUGUAGCGUUUUGUGGUGAAAACAGUGCCGGGAUUUACUUUCAACUAUAUGGGCGAGUGAAGCACAAGGCACGGGAUUCAAGUUGUGUGCGAAAAAUGCUGGAGGAAAUUGAGAGAUACGCACCACGGCCGUGGCUGCUGCCUGUGAGUGAGUGUGUAGCGCGAGCCGAUGGAAAGAUGGUGGAGCAGAUUGUUCUGCCACAUUCCGGUACUGAAAUUCAAGUGGGCAUGGAUUCCAGUGGUGAAGUGUAUGGAUGUCAGGUGGGGCGGUUCGGGGCAAAAGUAACAGUUUUCACGCAAUCUGCUGAGAAGGAGACGAAGAUGGUUGAAUUAGAAGGCGAGUUCGAAACGGAGAGUCAGGGCCCAGGGGAUCUUGAAGCACGCAGGCGCAAAAUGUGUCGGCGUUUGAGGGCAUAUUUUGGAAUGUGCUUUGGAAGUGUAACCUCCGAAGUGACUGGAGAAAACUCGAGCGUGACUGCAGAAAACCCAAGCGUAACAAGAGCCACCUGCGCGACUCUCUGUGAGAGGAAGGAGAAUGUUGUUGUGGGAUGUGAAGACGGGACGUUGAGGCUGUGGAGUACGUCGGAGAGGAAAGUCUUGAGAAUUUUCCGCGGUCACAAGUCGAAAGUGGUUUGCGUUGCGAUGAAUGGGGACGGAAGACGUGUGGUAUCUGGAUCGGUUGACAAGAGCGUGCGGGUGUGGGACGUGGAGACGGGAGCACAAGUCGGGGAGGCGUUAGUUGGACACACGGGUCCGGUGGAUAGCGUUGCGAUGAGUGGGGACGGAAGACGUGUGGUAUCUGGAUCGGAUGACAAGAGCGUGCGGGUGUGGGACGUGGAGACGGGAGCACAAGUCGGGGAGGCGUUAGUUGGACACACGGAUCCGGUGCGUAGCGUUGCGAUGAGUGGGGACGGAAGACGUGUGGUAUCUGGAUCGGAUGACAAGAGCGUGCGGGUGUGGGACGUGGAGACGGGAGCACAAGUCGGGGAGGCGUUAGUUGGACACACGGAUUUUGUGCGUAGCGUUGCGAUGAGUGGGGAUGGAAGACGUGUGGUAUCUGGAUCGUGGGACAAGAGCGUGCGGGUGUGGGACGUGGAGACGGGAGCACAAGUCGGGGAGGCGUUAGUUGGACACACGGAUUGGGUGGUGGAGCGUUGCGAUGAGUGGGGACGGAAGACGUGUGGUAUCUGGAUCGGUGGACAGGAGCGUGCGGGUGUGGGACGUGGAGACGGGAGCACAAGUCGGGGAGGCGUUAGUUGGACACACGGAUCAGGUGUGGAGCGUUGCGAUGAGUGGGGACGGAAGACGUGUGGUAUCUGGAUCAUGAGACAUGAGCGUGCGGGUGUGGGACGUGGAGACGGGAGCACAAGUCGGGGAGGCGUUAGUUGGACACACGAGUCCGGUGACCAGCGUUGCGAUGAGUGGGGACGGAAGACGUGUGGUAUCUGGAUCGGGUGACGGGAGCGUGCGGGUGUGGGACGUGGAGAGAGGGAUCACACUUCAUACCGGGAGGAAAAAGGAUUUGGAAGAAAUCGUGGCUCGGUUCCUGAAGAUGGCAGAUUUGGGUACUGCUUCCCGCGCAGGACGAACAUCACAAAUAUUUUCAAGGGACGGAAGAAUUGUGCAAAGGCGAGAGGAUGGGUCUAAGGCUGUCUUGGCCCAGUUGGAGAGUUACAUAGUAGGCUUGCAGAUAGACCACGAUCACGGGGUCGCAGUUGCAAGGGCGGGCAAUCUGGUUGCUAUCAUGAAGUUAGUGGUGUAAGCUAGUGGUGUAAGUAAGUAUCGAAGUGCGAUGGCCGCUUGCCGCCCGUGACAGCAGUAGUGCGUUGAGGGUUUUUUGCUUUGUUAUUGUUUUUAUGAAUGCGUGAGAAGCUCGCCUCACGGACGUUGCAA